UAUUAUUCGCUGCUCAAAUUCAAACGAUUGGCUAUGUCGUCCGCAAACGAGUCUUUGGAGACAUUUCCAACCCUGCCGCCUUUUCCCACGGACAUCCCCACAGCACCACUCCUCCGACUCUCUCUUUCCGAAUUAGGGAAGUCGGAAGCUCAGUCGGCUUCUCUCUUCACAGCCUCUAAAGACCUUGGAUUCUUCUAUUUGGAUCUAAGAGGCGACCAGCUUGGCGAUACUCUCCUCGAGGAAUCAGGUCGCCUCUUUGAAGUCUCUAAAUCACUGUUCGAUGAAGGGCCUGAGGAGCUAGAGAGGUUCGACUAUAGCGAACAGGGGAGCUAUUACGGAUAUAAAGGGUUGGGGAAGAAGGUGGUGGAUGCGAAGGGUACAAAGGAUAGAAAUGAGUUCUAUAAUGCAGGAAAAGACGACUUCUUAGAUCAGUCCCCCGCGCCUUUCGCGCACCCAGCAACGCUUAUGAAAAACAAGCCCCUACUCACCUCAUAUACGGCUCACGCGCAUGAGCUCCUCACCAGAAUCCUCGGCCACUUAAAUACUCACCUCGCCGUCCCCGCCUCCACGCUCCCACGUCUCCAUGACUCCUCCCUAACCUCUGGCGACCACAUCCGAUUUAUCCGUGCCCCUCCUCAGCCACCCUCAGACCUCGCAACCGCCCUUGGCGCACACACAGACUUCGGGUCGCUGACUCUCCUCUUUAACCGCGUCGGGGGGCUGCAAGUUCUCCUUCCCACCACCAACACAUGGGCCUACGUGCGUCCGCUCCCUGGUCACGCUAUUGUGAAUCUCGGCGAUGCGCUAGUUAAGUUGUCAGGCGGCUUGUUACGGAGCAAUAUUCAUCGUGUCGUAGCGCCUCCAGGGGAGCAGUCUACGAGCACAAGAUACAGCCUUGUUUAUUUUAUGAGGCCCGGAGAUGACGUGCCGAUGAAGAGAUUGGAAGGAGGCGUAGUGCCGCCGCUGGCCGAGGGAGAGAUAGACGAAGAUGUUACUAGUAAGGAGUGGAUUAGUGAUAAAGCGAUGGCGGGGAGAGUUGGAGUCGCGAUGGAAGAGGAGAAAUAUAAGAAGAGGAUUACGAAUAGAGCGGAGCUUGGGCUUGAAGUCGGGGAGGGGUCGGCUUAGAUCGGCUGCAGGGGCCCGUCCCGACUAAACACUUUAUAAGAAAUAUAUUUCCAUAUAGUCGCGAACUCAGGGUCCAAGCAGACACGGAAAGUUUCCAGAAACUGGCCACAGUAGGUUUAUUGACAGUUACGAGUCACAACAUUUCUACCAAACCAAACCCAUAGAAUAAGU